AUGCCGCAAUUGGAAUUGUGCGCUGCACAUAUACUCGCAAAACUGUAUUCUAAAAUAUCGUUUAUUUUUGAGAAGUUUAAUCCUGAAAUAUUUUUGUGGUCGGAUUCAACCGUGGUAUUAUUGUGGCUUAAAAAACAAUCAUCUACCUUAACAUCUUUUGUUGUAAAUCGAAUAUCAGAUAUCCAGGAAGAGACUUCAAACUGCACUUGUCGUCACGUAACAACUUCAAAUAAUCCAGCCGAUAUUCUAUCCCGUGGCUGCUCAGUUUCUGAAUUAUCAUCGUCAAUUUGGUUUACCGGCCCAGCAUUUUUACAAGAGCCGUCUGAAAACUGGCCGAACACUGUGUUUCCAUUAAAUGACGAUGUCGUUGAUUCAGCAAUUCGUAAAACCGUUUUUAAGUGUCAAACAAACGAUAACUCUAUACUCAAUUUUAUAAAUCGCACAAGUUCAUACAAUAAAAUAUUACGUGUCAUAUGUUGGUUAUUCAGAUUUCGCAACAAAAACAAAAAUAAUGAAAUAAGUCCAGAAGAACAUAAUCGAGCGUUAAUCAGUGCUGUUUGGAUAAUUCAACAAAACUAUUUUCACGAAGAGUUUAAAAUUUUGAGCAAAAACAAACAACUAAACAAUUCUCUCAAAUCGCUUAGUCUCUUUAUACAAAAUGUAAAUGGUUUCCCAUUGAUUCGAGUAGGAGGUCGAUUAGAGAAUGCUGAUAUUCCAGAAAACCGCAAACACCCCUUUUUGCUUCCUAAAGAUUGUCAUUUUGUUAAUGUGAUAGUACGCGACACUCACGUAAAAAACUACCAUGCAGUUCCAAAAGGUCUGAUGGCUUUUAUAAGACAAAAUUUUUGGAUAAUCGGUGCUAGAAAUCUUAUACGAAAGACUGUUCGUUCGUGUCCAAGCUGUAUACGUUAUAGACCAAAACUUUUACAGCAAGUAAUGGGUGACUUGCCAACUGUACGCGUAACUCCUGCAAGACCGUUUGAAAGAUGUGGGGUUGAUUUUUGUGGCCCUAUAUAUACGUACUUAAAAAUAAGAGGAAAGCAGCCGUAUAAAUGUUACGUGGCAAUUUUUGUAUGUUUUGUUACCAAGGCAGUCCACAUUGAAGCCGUAUCAGAUUUGUCGUCUGAAGCCUUCAUAGCUGCCCUGAAACGUUUAAUUGGCCGACGUGGCUUACCCUCGACCAUAUUUUGCGAUAAUGCCACAAAUUUCAUUGGUGCUAAUGCACAACUCAAAGACCUCAAAAAACUCUUUAUGGAUAAGUCGUUUAAAAAUGAUAUAACUAAUUUUUGUUCUAAAAAUGUUAUUAAUUUUAACUUUAUUCCCCCCAGAGCACCACAUUUUGGAGGUAUUUGGGAGGCGGCGGUAAAGUCUGCUAAAGGUCAUCUUUAUCGUACGCUAGCCAACUCAAACAUGAAUUACGAGGAACUAUCAACCACUCUAAUUGAAAUUGAAGCAAUCAUGAACUCUCGCCCAAUUUCAUUUCAAUCUAAUGACCCAAACGAUUUUGAACCACUGACCCCAGGGCAUUUUUUAAUUGGUGGUCCAUUAAACUCCUUACCAGAACAAAACAUUGAGUGCCAUGAUAUAAGUAAUCUUCAAAGAUGGAAACGAAUCACCGCAGCUAAACAACAAUUUUGGAAAAAAUGGUCAACGGAUUUCUUAAAUGAAAUGAUACAAAAAAGUCGUUGGUCUAAUUCAAAAACAAACAUAUAUCGAAGACCAGUGCAUAAGUUGGCCAUCUUACUCAACCCUUGA